AUGAGCUUAGCUUCCGUUUACUCGACGCCGUCAGUGGCUUCGCCUUGUUUCCGCUGCCAAGCUUACAUCUUCUCCGUCUCUUCUUCACCUCUCUGUUUAUAUUUCCCGCGCGGUCGUGGUUACUCAGCAUCGCUCAGGCCCCGAGUUCGCUCCUUGCGAACGGAAUCUGACGGCGCUAGGAUCGGUAACACGGAAUCGUACGGCUCGGAAUUGCUUCAUCGGCCGCGUAUCUCGUCUGAGGAAGAGGAAAGCUCCGAAGAAGAGGAAAAUGAGAGCGGCGACGGUGAUGAUUUUGUGGAUUGGGAAGAUAAAAUCCUCGAGGUUACUGUUCCUCUUGUUGGUUUUGUCAGGAUGAUUCUUCACUCCGGAAAAUAUGCAAACCGAGAUAGGCUAAUCGCCGAGCACGAGAGAACAAUCGUUGAGAUGCUGCUUCCUUAUCACCCUGAAGUUGAGAAGAAGAUUGGUUGUGGAAUAGACUAUAUCAUGGUUGGGCAUCACCCAGAAUUCGAGAGCUCUCGAUGUUUGUUUAUAGUUCGAAAAGAUGGAGAAGUAGUCGACUUUUCGUAUUGGAAAUGCAUAAAGGGUCUAAUAAAAAAGAAGUAUCCUCUGUAUGCAGACAGUUUCAUCCUCAGACAUUUUCGCAAACGUAGACAGAACAGAUGA